AUGGACCAUAGCACUGUGAACAUGACCAUGGAAAUGAAGCCCGACCAUGGCCAUGGAAUGGCGAUGCCUGCCUUUUUCACCACAGGAACACACAUCACGCUGCUCUUCAAUAGUUGGAGGACCGCGUCCCUAACCUCGUAUCUCCUUGCACUGUUGCUCCUUUUUGUAUUGGCCUUCUUUAAUCGCUUCCUGGGGGUCUUGAAAUUCCAACUUGACGCCGAAAUCCAGACCCUCGUGCCCGAUGUGCCCAUUAUAGCGCCUCCACCCGCCUCACGGUAUCCUUCCAUUCCGAAGGACCACAUGAGUCCUCUUCCGCGAUAUGUGAAGAAUCACAACGCCCACGACGACAGCGACCACUUUCCACCGCCCUUCUCGCACACCCAUUCCUCGGAAUGGAAUGACCUGAUCUCGGGCCGAUCCGUGAAACCACAGGGAUCGAAUACACGAUUUGCCCGUAUGCUCUCUGGCCUACUGAUAUCGAGAGAAUCCUGGACUUGGCGGCGGAGGAGUCUCCAUUCAUUGCUGGAAGGAGCGCGGGCGUUGAUAGGUUAUACGCUAAUGUUAGCUGUCAUGACUUUCAACACCGGGGUGUUAUGUGCGGUAAUCGGCGGGAUUGUUGUCGGCGAGCUGGUUCUGGGUCAGUAUGCGCAGGGGCCGGGUUGGCAAGAUGGAGUGUGUCAUGAUGGUUAG